UGUUGAACGCGUGUUUUCUUGAUUCACAGCAACACUAAGAUUGCCGUCAAGGCAAUAAGGAAGGUUUCCUCUACAUUAUUGUGUUGGCCACACUUAGCCCCCACCUUCUCCCAAUUCAAUACCAUUCUGUUGUAGGCUUGAUUGUUCCAUACUUUUUCGCGUCAUUAAUACCCACUAGAGGUCGCUCCCUCACAAGGUUAACGUCCAUUUGAGCAUGAACGCCUCCACAGUCUACGUUUUAUUACGUCUCCCGACUACAACAACGGAGUAGUGCAGGCCAAUGGCACGUUUCGUGAGAAUCGCAUAUAUUCCCGACAACGCCGUCGAAAUGUGCGACCCUGGGUGGCGUACUGCAUUUUUGUUUUCUGGACGUGCUUGACUAGUCCGCAGAGAAAAAAGCGGGUGCACGGGGCUCUCCCUCUUGCAACGGAUGCCCUCUCAUAUUGCUCUUCUAACUCCUUUUUGUAUUUUACACAGGAUGACAGGCACCUCCACCCCCCCAACGGUGGUGCGACUUCUAUCCUUUGCGACCUGCCUCUGGUUCGCUGUGUGCAGCACCGGAGCCGGCAAAGCCCACGCCGACGAAAGAUUUAACGGCGCCGUCAUACCCAUCACGGUGGGGGACCCAUCAUGCGGACCGAGCGCGCUGUACAACAGGACCAUAGACUAUUCGCGCUAUGAAUACGGGUGUUCACAGAUUGAGGCAAGACAAUACAUAGCUGGUGUAUCUGCAGCCAGGCUUUACGUGCAUUGCACCCUACUUUCACCCACCAAGCUAGAGGCUAUGCUAGGACAACAUGACCAUAUGACACGGCGAGAAAACAUUCCCCCUUUGUCGCGGCGGGAGAAGGAGAUGAUGAUGGGGCCGAAGCACUACAUCGCCGGCGGUAACAGCCGAGAUGUUUUUCUGGUGGACCACGAGGGCCACAAGCUCGUCCUCAAGACCACCAAGCAUGAAAGCGCACAUCUCUCCACACGGCAUGCCAUGGAAGCCAUUGCUCUGGACGUGGUGAGCACGGGGGUGGGGCACCGCUUCAAGUUACCCUACGUGGGGAUACAGCAGCUCGGUAUGACAAAAUGCACUGUUGACCAAUUUUAUGCAGGCGUGAUGGGUGCGCCCAACAUCGCGCCGACGCUGGGUGUUUGCGGUACGGCUUCCGUCCAACCCUUCUUCGCCGGGGGGACCGUGGAGGGCCUCAUUUUCGAGGGGGCUUGGACGGGAGUCCCGAUAGAGAUGCCCGUCGUCUUGCAGAUGUCGCUCGACGCCAUGAGGGGUCUGCAGGUGCUGCACGAGGCCCCGGGCGGCCCGAUCAUUCACAACGCGAUCAGACCGGAGCAGCUCCUCCGCUACGCCAACGGUGCGAAGAAGCUGCCUGCCUGCGCAGAGGUCGUUAUCCUCUGGUUAGGGUCGGUUGUCCUCGGUCGGGACAGGCACCGUCGUCUUGAGUGA